GGCGCAGUUUCCAGCCUAACUCUCACUCCUCUCUAGUGUGUUUCUUAUAAGAUCAUGGCUCUCACAGCAGCUCCAAAGUUCUACAGCAUCGAGUCAGUUGCUUAUCCUGGCUACUAUGUUACUCAGCAAGGCACCCAGAUUGUUCUCAAGUCCAAGGACGCGCUCAAUCCCUUCCAGCUGUGGUACAGGGACGAGUCAUGGCAGUUCCUGACCCAGGAGAUCAGUGACCUCUCUGCGUUCGUGUUUAUAAACCACGGCUCCAAGAAAGCUCUCCGCUCCCAGGAAAUCGCAACUUCUCGACACUUUGCCAAGGCUACUGUUCGAGACUAUGAUCCGGCUGUCGAGGACGAUUCUCUCCUCUGGUCUGUUAGCCGAAGCUCGGACGAUCAAGUUUCGAUCACAAUGACUGGGAAUUCGUCUGUGUUCUUGAGCCACACUUCCUCAAGUUCCAACUUCAAAGACGGGGUACCGGUGGUGACAUCCACCAGCGGUGGAAGCUCCCGGUGGAAGCUCGUCACUUACGAGCCUUCUCAAGUGUACAGGAUUCUGUGUCACUGGUUUGGGCAGUACUUGACUUGGAAGCAGCAAAAUGUGGACGUAACUUUCAAGGAUGCAAUCAAGCACAACGACGAGACAAACGUGGUGGCUGUUAGUCCAAACAACAUUUCUCUCGACGGCAUGAUAUGGUACAAGGUUCCUGCCGGAGGCCGAGACGAUACUACGUACUUCACCUCGUUCAUCCUCAUAAACAAGGUGACUGGUUUAGCACUGAAAGGGUCGACAAAGCCGGGAGACAAGGUGCUCUUGACUCAAUAUGAUCCUCUCGACUACGGUUUCGUGUGGUCUGAGAACCGAUUCCAGGCUUCAAACACGGACUAUCUCGCAAUCAAUCUGGAUGGAACAAACUUGCAGUGGGCUCUGCAGAACGAUGAUCAGUACCAGAACAGUGCGUGGUACCAUCCUCUCACGCUCCGCCCGGCAUCUGCAAACCAAGGAUAUCUUGAGCAGCAGGCCUGGAAAUUCAAUCCAGUGGUGGCAGGGAAUUGACUAUCAGCCAUGUUGUAUACAUAAGGGACACGCUUACCACUUUUCUUCUUGCAAAUAACAAGACUUUUCACGGGAAAAAGAAGCUGAGCACUCCCCAUUUGUUUCCUUUUCCCAUGGAAGCCAUGAGUUUUCGUUCAUUUCCAGUGUCUGCAAGGAUCGACGAUUUAAGA